AUGCGUCACAAGUUCGUUCCUCAUCAGUCCAGUGCUCACCGCAUAGCAUGUAUCUCCCUCUUCCGCUCCCUGCUCCGCCAAUGCGAUGAACUUGCGCACACAACGGCCUCUCAUGGCCAACCCCGUUCCAGUCCCUUCCCGUCCGCCAUCCUGAAAGACAUAAUCCGCUUUCGGUUCCGUCGUGACGGUGAUCCAGCACGCCUGCUGCCUCGGACCGCGAUCGCCAACGCUCUUCAAACGGGCCAUGAACACCUUGCCCUUCUACGCAAUGCCACAAUCGGUGAUCCCCCGGCGCUCAGUCGCUUAAUCACUCUGCUGAAGGCGACAUCCGACGAUCUCGCCAUCCGCGCAUCCUGGGCUACAGAGAACGGCGCCCGCGCCCGUCCUAUGUCCCGAACUCUGCGAUACCGCCUUCGGCACGAACACGAGGUUCGCUCCAAGACCCUGCAGACCCCCCCAGUGGAUGCACCACUGGCGGCACACCCGCUGCCUGCUUCGGAGUUGUCACGACAGCGUCGCGUGCCGCAUCUGGUCGUCACGUCUGUCGGCAACAUCCCACUGCUGCGGUACAAGACAGGGCGGGCACCGCCAUGGAUGCGGCGCAUCGUACGGCAGAAGCAGAUGUGGAUGACCCGGCAGUUCGAAAAGGUGCAGGAGAUGGAGUACGUGCGGGGCCUAGGCUACUGGGAAGACGAGUGGGAGAAGAUGGUGUGGACCGAGGCUCGCAGACAGGGUUGCGUGUCCAAGACCGGUCAGCUGCUGAAGGUGCAGCGCCACACGGACGACAUGCCGACCUGGAGCUGGAACGAGGCGUUCGGCGAUAGCUACUCGUUCCAAGCCGCCGCAGCGAAAGCUCACCUGUGGAACCGGUUCCAUGACAAGAUCAGACAGCACGCCGUCAAAGGCUGGGAGCUCUGGCAGAUCGUUAAGCGCGAGAAGUGGCUUGCGGACCGCGAGGGUCUGCCACAGCGUGUCGCGAGCGCCGUGCGCGCCGGCCAGUGGCUGCAGGAGCAACUGAGGGCGUGGGCGCACGAGCACGGCCGCUCGUUUCCAGAAGGCCGCUCCGCGAAGGAGAGCAAGGCCCUGGCGCGGGAUGCUGCCGAUUGCGGGCCGCUGCAUGUCCCGGUUGAGUGGAGCGAGGUCGUCGUCGAGAGGGAGCGGCCGGCGUAUCUGCGGCAGAUGGAGCAGGCGGCGCGGGAGAAGCAGCAGGUCAGGAGGCCGGUUAGGCACUCUCUUACUAAUCCGGGGACCAAAGCCGGAGGGUCUAGAGUGCCAGGUGAGGCACGGAGGAGUCUGCCGGAUGGGCACCCGAGAGCAGCAGGUCAGAGAGACAAGGCGUUGUAA